AUGACUCACUUGCAAGCGGGCCUGAGCUCCGAGACCACAGAGAAAGCUCGUCAGGAGCUCAACGAGAACCCUGACACCCUCCAUGCGGACAUCCAGCAGGUGCGCGACAUGAUCGUGACGCGGCCCGACAUUGGCUUUCUGCGCACGGAUGACGACUUCAUCCUGAGGUUUCUGCGGGCGCGCAAGUUCAACCAGGCAGAGACCUUCCGGCUCCUGGCCCAGUAUUUUCAAUUCCGCCAGCAGAACCUGGACAUGUUCCAGAGCUUCAAGGUUGACGACCCGGGAAUCAAGAGGGCUCUGAUGGACGGCUUCCCAGGUGUCCUGGAGACCCCGGAUCAGCAUGGCAGGAAGAUACUCAUCCUAUUUGCUUCCAACUGGGACCAGGGAAGGAGCUCUUUCACAGACAUCCUCCGAGCAAUCCUCCUCUCCCUGGAGGUUCUCAUAGAGAACCAAGAACUCCAGAUCAACGGCUUCAUCUUGAUCAUCGACUGGAGUAACUUCUCCUUCAAGCAGGCAUCCAAGCUCACGCCCAACAUUCUCAAACUGGCAAUCGAAGGCCUGCAGGACAGCUUCCCUGCUCGCUUCGGUGGGAUCCAUUUUGUGAACCAGCCCUGGUAUAUCCACGCCAUGUACACCAUCAUCAAGCCUUUCCUCAAGGACAAGACUAGGAAAAGGAUUUUCCUCCACGGGAACAACCUCAACAGUUUACACCAGCUUAUCCUACCCGAUUGUCUGCCGUCUGAGUUCGGUGGCACGCUGCCGCCCUAUGACAUGGGCAUCUGGGCACGGACCCUCUUAGGGCCCAACUACAACGACGAGACGGAGUACACACUCACCUACGACGCCCUCCAUGUCAAAGGGAGCUAUGGUGGCGGAGAUAAGGAAUGUGCCAACAAACUUAUGAAAAGGUCCGAGUCAGCCGUGGAGCCGGGUACCCUACGGCAAGCUGACAGGGACAACACGGCACAGCCACUCCUGGCUCUGGACUGA